AUGUUCGUACUUGUAGGGUCUUUGCGUCCCAUUGAAUUGGGGAUUUGCGUGCCGACCACAUACGGGUACCCUAAUCGUCCUGAUUGUCCUGAUGGAAGUCGGCGCCCCGCAAAUAGGUUCUUUUUUGACACCCUAGAGCAUCCUAGAGCACUUCAGGGAACCUGGGUUCAUUCCACGCCCCUUCGGGACCCUUCAGGUAGCUCAGGUGUUUGGCGGUGUGUUUGCGGCAAAGCUGAGGUCAUAUUGAAGGGAGCGACGUUGGCGGACGGCCGACCCAUCGCGGUGUACCAGACCGGGUGGCCGGAUCUUCACGUGCAUGCCAGCACCUACUCCUCUGCAAGGAUUUGCGUGGAGAUUCUGCGGUGGGCACAGUGCGCCACACCGCCAGAUGGCCACCAGGCAGGAAAGCGCAUCACUAUGCAGCCGGACUUUGUUCUCAUCAGGAAUGAAGUGAAGACUCCAAACUUCGAUGGCCGCAGCAGAUUGGACGGCCUGCUUUUCGCAGGCGUGCCGGCCAUGAACUCGUUGGAGUCCAUUUUGCUCUUCUGCGAGCGGCCGGCGGUGCAGGGCCACCUACAUCGUCUCGAGCGGAAAAUGGGGGAAGCUGAGUUCCCAGUGGUGAAGCAGCACUUUUGCUCCUCAUCCAAGACGCUCAUGUAUGGAUACACCUUCCCGGCGGUGGUGAAGGUGGGAUCUGCGCAUGCCGGCGCGGGGAAGAUGAAGAUCAUGGACCACAGGCAGAUGAGCGACUUCCGAUCAGUCUUGGAAAUGAUGCCAGAUGAGCACUGCAUGGUGGAGCCCUUCAUCGAGAGCCAGGGCGAUCUGCGGAUUCAGAAGAUCGGCACUCAUUACCGCGCCUUCAAGCGGAUAGGCCUCUCCGGAGACUGGAAAACCAACACCUGCACCUCCGUCAUGGACGAGAUCGAGUGCACCCAGCGCUACCGGCGCUGGGCCGAUGCUGCCGCAGAGAUGUUCGGGGGUUUGGACAUUUUGACGGUGGAUGCCAUCAUUGAAGCAGACACUGGCAAGGAGCUGAUAUUGGAGGUGAAUGGCACCUCCUCCGGCCUGCAUCCGGACAAAGCCCAGGAAGACAAUGGUUUCAUCAAAGACCUGCUGCUCGAGAAGAUGAAUGCCGCUCUAUGCCGAACUGGGUGA